AGGGAAAAAAAAAGAACGAUACAUAUACUCGCUCCGGGCUAAAAGAGUUCAAUUCAAACACCAGUGGUCCAUUGAACUUUUUUCUUCAAUGAAAAUUUAGGUUUCAGCGUGGCCAGAGAGUCAUUCACACCGUUAAUGAUGGUGUCGGAACAUCAUUGAUAAUAGUGCCAUUGGGCAAUAGGUAGGCCUAAUCGCGCCCCACUGAAACUCCAGUUAAAAUAAUGGAGGCCCUAUGCUAACUCGCCAAUGUCGGAGCGUCUGUGUGGUAUGGUCUCAAACAUUAGAGAUCCCUGGUUCGAAACCGGAUUCAGACGUGUUCAUUUUUCAUUUUUAUUCGCAUAACAUAAUCACUGAACCUUCUUAAUUCCUUCACGAUUCACCAUUUUUCAUUAUUCGACCAAAAAAAUCUCUCCAAAAGAACUCUCCACAAAAACGCUUCCAAACAAUCUAUAGAGCUUUUCCCGUAAAGAACUCCCCAUCCCCUGCCCUCCCUCACAACAACCGCCAUUUCAUUGCCCUCAGAGUUUCACUUCCUCGUAAAAGUACUCCUUUUUCGCCGCUUUUUUUUUUAAUUUUUUAUUUCUAGGGUUCCAUAGAGUGAAAAACAAGUAGAGGAUCGAACAUAAUCAAAUCCAAUGGAUUGGGGAAACGUAACCGCAGAGGAUCUGAUCGACGCUCUUCGUGAAGUUGACUGGUCAUCACCGCCUAGACCACUCUCCGAAUUCUUCUCCCGUUUCACCGUUCCUCGAUCAUAUGCCAAAUGGAACAGCCGCCUUAAAUGCAAUCUCUACUACUAUCGAACCAAUUAUUUCAUUCUGAUUGUUCUUAUUCUUGGGUUGGGAUUCCUGAGGAGACCGGUUGCUAUUUUAGCUGCGAUUUUAACAGCGCUUAGCAUCGCUUUUCUGAAUGAUAGCUUUGCUGGUACUUUUAGUGAGAAGGUGACAAGAACUGUGAGGCAAUUCUCUCCACAUUUAGCAGCUAAGAUGAGGCCUCCCCUUACACCUGUUAUUCGUGGACGUCCGUCAGCUAAAAGAGCAAUUCACAUAUGUGGUUGGCCUCGAUGGGUGUUUGUCUUCAUAGUCUCUUCUGUGAGUUUCAUCCUUUGGUAUUUGUCCUGUGAUCUCUUGACUGUGCUAUGGGCACUUGCCAUUGCACUUCUUGCCACCAUCCUCCAUGCAAGUUUUAGAACACCAAACCUGAAGGCUCGUCUUAACACAUUCCGUGAGGAAUUUCGUGCUGUUUGGCGCAAUUACAGUGAGCUGUAGCUUGCAUAGUUUAUAUCAUGUGAGUAUAUUUGCAUCCAAUGUUAUAUUGGAUUCUGGUUUCUUUCUUUUAUUUGUAUUAAGAUUUUACUUUGCUUAAGCGGGAGUGCUUGUUUUCUUGUUUAUUACUCUAGUUUUCAGCUGUUGAUUAACUUCACCUUCUUAAUUUUAUUAAAUUUUGAAUAUUGUAAUAUUUACAUGCUUCGCUUGUAUAUUCCAUGAUCAUGGACAUUUUAUUUCACUGUGAUGAUAUGCACGGUAGUGCAUUGAUCUCUCCCCUGAAUUCUUUCAUUUGUCUCCACACAUUUAUGAUGAUGUGAAACCUUAGGUCUCUGUAUGGUGUUACUGGUUGCUGAGUAUCUAUAAGUAUCAUUUAGUGCUUUAUUUCCAUCUGAGUAUGGUAACUUUACUAUUGAAAUGAUGCUUUGUACUCUAGGGUUGAACUAGUUGAUAAAACACUUUCUUGUGAUAACCUAUGUGAAUUGAAAUGGAGGUAUUCGAGGGGUCAACUUUCCAAUUUUAACAACUCUCUCUAACCUUCUACGUGGUAGGACUUGGGAGGACUGCUUG